AUGCCCCGGAUGCGCCUCGCCGCUGACAUUAAUGAUGCUGACGCGCCCGACGGAUUUACAGAGCGUGUUCUCCAGGUCCGCCUGGCCGACUUCUGGAAAAUCAACAGUGUUAAAUUAGGCUCCGAGCAUGAUGUGAUUUUAGCAGAGGAGAGAAAGUCAUUAGCUGUGGCAGCCCUGAACAUUUUAAAAGGAGUUUCCAGCCUGCACAUCAUGAUGGGUGGCUCACAAACCCGGUUCCCAGAUAUUAUUAUACCUACGUUCGAAGCCGCAGUGCUCUUGGCGUACCUAUGUAUGGAUCCGGAUCUCUUAACAGGAGAGUGCGAAAACCACCAGCCCUGUCCGGGAAAGGUGGACCCUCUUAAAAGUGGCGUAGCAAGCCUAAAACGAGACGAGUGUAUGCGAGCAGUCCAUGACGCCGUUAGUCGCCUGCAGAUGCUGGCAGAUAUUAGUAGCAUGGCCGAAAUAGGAGCUCAAGCUCUCGCACAACUACUGAGAAAGGGGAUCGGCGGUCUCUGGAGACCCUAA